AUGACUGGACGAAGUGUAAACAUUUACUUACAAGAAGAAACUUAUAACCAAUUACGACAAGUGGCUGGAGUAAGAAAAAUUAGUCAUUUUAUUAAUGAAGCAGUGAUGGAAAAACUAAGCAAAGAGCAAGAAAAAGAACAAGGAGACUUACAAAAAAAAUUAAUUCGUGGCUAUCAGGCGAUGGCCAAAAAUAAAAAACUGAAAAAAGACUUAGCCGUAUGGGACGAGACCUUAGGAGAUAUAAUUAGCAAUGACAAUCAAAAUAUUUAUGAUGAAGAAAUAAUUGCUUUACCUUUGACUACCGAAGAAGUUAUUCCCGGAGAAAUCCAACCUUUUGAAAUUCCCAUUGAAUCAAACAAGGAAACUGGCUUGGACGAAAACAGCAGAAUAUUAACUAAUCGGAUUCAUACUUUUAAUAAAGAAUUGCGAUUAAUUAAACGAUUAGGUGUCUUAGUAGGAGGAUUAUUAUUAGCCAUCUUUCGCAAUAAAGGUCAACUAAUAUUGGAUAAUACUCCUGAAUUCUUAGAUUACUGCAAAAAAAGUAAUGGUCUGGUGUUCUUUGGCUCUAUUGGUUCGGGUAAAACUGCUAUCUUAGCCAUGUUAGCCCAUGAACUACCAGGAGAGAAUAAGUAUGCUACUUUUCCUUAUGAGAUUAAUCUCCUUUUUAAAGGUAAUAUUGUUCAGGAUGUAAGGGAGAGGCAAAGGUUUUUAAUGCAUUUUAUUGCCCUUAGUCGGCAUCAAGGGACUAGAUUGUUUGUUAAUGCCCAAAGAUUAGGGCAAGUAAGUAUUGAACAGCGAGAAGUAACUACGGCUAUUUGUCAGGUUAGUUUAUUGCAGAAAACCGAUGAAGGAAUUUAUGUCCAGUGUGUGAUUUGGGAAGCAGCUGCCUGA